UGAACAUUCCAUCGGCCAUCCACUGUGUCGCACCAUGGGGCGAAGAAGCGCCAUGGCAGAGCCAAGCUCAGCUGGAAGAGUCACAAGUCCAGGCCGAUCCUUCAGAGGGCGUUCGCUGAUCCUCCGCACCGCAUGCCUGCUGGCGUUGCUGGUUGGCCUCCGGGUCUCCGCAGACUUCGUGCCGAUGAUGCCUUCGAAGGUCGCACGGCGGGCGAAGGAAAGCGCGGACCAAGUGGAAAGCGCUGAGCCAGGAGCCUGGGAGGCCAUGUCCCAAAGUGCCGCCGAGCUUGUUGGAGAUACCUCAGAGUUCUUCGUGGACACCCUCAAAGCAGCCUUCGACGGGGCAGAGGAAGAGUUGGUCACUGAGAAUGAGUCCACAGCCGUUUCGCUCUUGGAAGACUUGCCCGGAGAGACCUUGGCCACACUGCAGGAGGUGGUAUGGAACCAGUCGGAGUCGGUGAAGCAACUCUUGGUCCAGGCCAGUUCGCUGAGCAUCAAGCCCUCCGACUUCGUCGACGCCUUGGGCCUCGUCCGCAGGAGCAGCGCAGAAGUGGAGGACAAGGUGGCCAAUGCCUUGGAGGCCUUUCCCAGCCGACCUGAGGUCAAGCAGCCGGAAUCGAGGUACGGGCUGGCGGUGCACGACACCGCCGCGCGGACGGGCGCGAAUGGCUGGGUGGUGCCAAUCCGCGCUUGGAUCUAUCGCCGUAACGACCGGCGGCACCGGAUCCGCAUGGCGCUCGCACGGAAGAUCAUGAUGGAGAUGAUCCAUGGCAUCAAGAACAUCAGCAAGGAGGGUGUGAGAAGAUACGAGGAGCGGGGCCGCCUCAUUUUUCGAUCCUUAGCCUUCCGUGGUGGUGAGCGAAACGUGGUGCUCAGCGUGAAGUUCGAUGGGGAGGACGAGUGGAGAGACUUGCCGCCCACGAAUGGCAAUGGACGUGUGGAGGUUGAUGUGACGGUGCCAGAGCACCUGGUGGAGAAAGCUGCCGAAGAUGGCCUCCUGAAUUUGACGGUCCGGUUGCCGGGUGAGGACAUCACCGCGCGCGCGUCGGCUCUGUUGGUGCAGCCGGAGGGCGUCUUAGUGAUCUCGGACAUUGACGAUACCGUGAAGGUCACCGAGGUCUUUCUCGGCAAGGACAUGGUGGUGCGAAACACCUUCCUGGAGGAGUUUCGCCCGGUCUCUGGCAUGGUGAACCUCUACCGAUCCUGGUGGGAGGACUAUGGUGCCACCUUCGCCUUUGUCUCCAACAGCCCACCCGAGCUUCAGGAGCCGCUGCGAGAGUUCUUGAUCAAUGCAGGUUUCCCUCUGGCGCCGGUCUUCUUGCGGCCUUUGGGCGGUUCCAAGGAGGACAGGAUCGCCUUCAAAGAGCAGACCAUCUCCGAGCUGCUGCGCCAGUUCCCCCGAAAGAAGGCGGUGCUGGUGGGCGACAGUGGCGAGCGGGAUCCCAUUGUUUGCGCAGAACUGCUGCGCAGGCAUCCGGUGCAAGUGAGCAAGGUCCUGAUUCGACAGGUCAGCCCCACCGCUUCAGUGGAUGAGGCCAUCUUCGCCGGCAUUCCUCCCGACCGUUGGCAGGUCUUUCGUGACCCCAGGGAGGCACAGCUGCCGGAUGAACUCAGGGACUUGGCAUCCGUGUCCGGGAUCUUGGGCUUCGCCCGAAGCCUCGGCUCCAAGGCCUUGCAGGAAGCGGCGAGUGUGCUGCCGGAGCCGGCCGAUGCUGUGGAGGAUUCGCGAAACGUCGCCGCAUGAGCUGCGGCUCAUCUUCCCUUCUUUUUCCCUCUUGCCGUGGUGUGGUCGGGACGGCCCCGGGACGGUGCCGUGGUGCCGUUCCGGUGGUCUCACCAGCCUCAUCAUCCCAUUUAGAGAAGACACCUCUUUGGGGCGCACGCGAGAAGUUGCAGGCUUCGAGCUCACACAAAACAAAUGCCGCUGCGUUUGUUCUUUCUGUAGAUGUCUCCAAAUAGAGAAAGUCUAUUGCGUUUGAUAUACUGGUCAACUUCCUCAUUUCUUUGGUUGGUAUACAUUGGGGUCCCUGUGCUGAAGAUUGCAGUAUCCAGGAACCCUCCCAACCUCAAGACUGCCAGUGAUGAUUUGGGUCCGGAAAGCAGGCUUGCCACGGGUGGAACAUGGAAAACAGCCAGUAGAGGCGAUGGUGAGCAGAAGCGAUGGUGAUCGUGUGUCAACACAAGCGUCAUUCAAGGGGCAAGCGUGGGCAUGUCAUCCCAAAGCAAGCUUUUUUUGUUAAACCUGCUCAUCCAGGCCGCAAAUGAUUGUGUUUGGUGUUGGUUUUGGCAUUUUGGAAUGUAGUUCUUCUGUGACAGCCUGGUCAAGCUACUGAUGUGUCAGUCGCUCCCAGAGGCAGACCAUACCCAAUGGUGGCACCCAGGGGUUGGAGACUGGAGUCAUCGUGGAUGGGGUAGCUGCAAUGGCUCAAUCCAAACAAGUAAACAUGCAGCGUCAGGACACUGUCCAGUUCGGAAUGUCUUUGUGCGCCUGAGGGGUGAAUGAUUCUCCCCCAAUGACCAAAGAGUCCACGGCAGAGUUGGUGUGAGAGAUGCGCCACCUGUGCCGAGAGAAAGCCUGUUGAUCGUCCAGCAGUGAACGCGAGGCUUCAUCGCUUGGUCUCCAAAUCUCCAAAUAGGCUCAGCUCUAAAGACCCAAAGCAUGGAGAAUGGGCUGUACGCACUGUUUAGCUUACUCCAACCUGAAGCUGAGCAUCAACAUACACAGGGAGUAGUACAGGGACUAUGAAUGCAGACUGGCUGAGAACACAGGUCUUGGUAGCUGAAAGGAUGUCCACAAGGACUCAGAGACUAGCAUUCUGAGGCAGCUGGUGCUUCCAUCAAUCCUUUGCCUGAAAACUGGAACACCGUGUCACCACUAUUCACUGUUCCGUCAUGUUCCUUCCAUCUAUUCCUUUCAUUGGUGGAACAGGCUUUGCUUUGAAAUCAGGAGAUCCCUCGACCAACGUCAAUUGGUCAUUUGGCGAGGGGGGUGGGGGUCGGUGGACAGACGUCUGUCAUCGCCGUUCUUCGCCAUGGACGGUCUUUGUUUCUCCUUUUUUUUGAAAAACAAAGACGGUCUCUCCGUCCC